UUGCUGCUGCUGCUGCCUGAUCGCGUGCUGCUCGCCAGGGGUGUCGCCGCUGAGAUCUCCACGGGCUGCGCUUGCAAGAGGAUCAACAUGCCUUUGGCUAGAGAUUUACUACAUCCGUCCUUGGAAGAGGAAAAGAAAAAACAUAAAAAGAAACGGCUAGUUCAGAGUCCAAAUUCUUAUUUUAUGGAUGUAAAAUGUCCAGGUUGCUACAAGAUCACUACGGUUUUCAGCCAUGCUCAGACCGUGGUUCUUUGUGUAGGUUGUUCAACAGUGUUGUGCCAGCCGACAGGAGGAAAGGCUAGACUCACGGAAGGGUGUUCAUUUAGAAGAAAGCAACACUAAUGAUCCACACAACUUCCUGAAUUUGUGUUCUAUCACAGAAAGCCUUAUUAGUUCAGGAAUUCUAGUUAAGCUACCAGGAUAAUGUAAUUACAUUUAAUUUUGUAAGUAUACAACAGUGAUCUCCUAUUUUGGUGUCAGUUUUUCAAUAAAGUUUUGAUUAUGGGCAAA